AUGGCGCUGCAGUGCCCCCUGCUGGAAAAGGAGUGGUCUACAACCGAGGCGCUUGAUUGCAGCCAGUGUGGACACUGCAAGCGGCUUGCCCCCGAGUACGAGUCUGCUGCCACGAGGCUUAAAGGGAUCGUUCCACUUGUGAAGGUUGAUUGUACAGCAAACUCAAACACUUGUAACAAGUUUGGUGUGAGUGGCUAUCCAACUCUCAAGAUCUUCAGGAACGGGGAGGAGUCGGGUGCCUACGAUGGCCCAAGGACAGCUGAUGGAAUUGUAAGCCAUCUGAAGAAACAGGCAGGUCCAGCCUCGGUGGCUCUCCGUGGCGACAGCUUUGAGAAGUUCAUCAGCGAAAAGGAUGCUGCUGUGGUGGGUUUCUUCAAAGAGCUGUUUGGUGAUGCGCACUCGGAGUUCAUGAAAGCAGCAAGCACCUUGCGGGAUCAUUAUCGCUUUGGACACACCAACGACGAGGAGCUCGUGAAGAAAUAUGAGCCCGAUGGCGAGGGCAUCUUCCUGUUCCGUCCCCCCCACCUGGCAAAUAAGUUUGAGGACAGUUCUGUGCGAUACCCAGAGGAUAAGAUCACCACCGGCAAGCUGAAGAAGUUUAUCCAGGAGAACAUCUUUGGCAUCUGCCCACACAUGACGGAGGACAACAAGGAGCUGAUCCAAGGGAAGGAUCUGCUGGUGGCCUAUUACGACGUGGACUACGAGAAGAACCCCAAGGGCUCCAACUACUGGCGCAACAGAGUGAUGAAGGUGUCCCGGAGUUUCUUGGAUGCUGGACACACCCUCAGCUUUGCUGUUGCUAAUCAGAAGACUUUUAGCCACGAGCUCUCAGAGUUUGGGUUGGAAAGCACCACUGGGGACAUUCCUGUUGUUGCCAUCCGGACAGCCAAGGGGGAAAAAUACGUCAUGCAGGAAGAAUUCUCCCGUGAUGGAAAGGCCCUCGAGAGAUUCCUCCAGGAUUAUUUUGAUGGAAAUCUGAAAAGAUACCUGAAAUCAGAGCCCAUCCCGGAAAACAACGACGGGCCUGUGAAGGUGGCGGUGGCUGAGAACUUUGACGAACUGGUGAAUGAUGACAGCAAAGAUGUCCUCGUGGAGUUCUAUGCACCUUGGUGUGGCCACUGCAAGAACCUGGAGCCAAAGUACAAGGAGCUAGCCGAGAAGCUCAGCAAAGAUCCCAACAUCGUUAUAGCAAAGAUGGAUGCCACGGCCAACGAUGUGCCUUCACCCUACGAAGUCCGAGGCUUCCCCACCAUUUACUUUGCUCCUGCGGGCAGCAAGCAAAAUCCAAAGAAAUACGAGGGGGGCCGUGAGGUGAGUGACUUCGUCAGCUACCUGAAGAAAGAGGCCACCUACCCACCUGUCCUGCAGGAGGAUGAAAAGCCCAAGAAGAAGAAGAAGGCGCCGAAGGAAGACCUGUGAAGGGCCUCGGUGCCCACUUGCCUGUGGAGUAGCCCGUUAGCCAUCGUGGGCAGACCGACGGUGCAGCAGAAGCCGUUGGAAGGCGAAGAAGCCACUUGGACGAGAGGGGACCCAAACUGCUGCCGUUCUGUUUAAUUUCCUGCUCCCUCUUCUCUUUGCUGCACUGGCCACGGAUGCCCUGGACUGGUUGAUGUUUGGGGGGUGGGGGUGGGCUUGUUUUCUAAUGUUUUGUACAUUUGGAGGAGUGAAAAAUAAACUGCCCCCAAUCCCAA